CACACACACCGCUGCAGCAGACAUGCAGGAGCACACACGCCUGCUGGCGUCUGACAGGAUCUACGCUGUGUUUACAGACUUCACACAUGACAAGAUUUCUAGAGACGAGGCGAUCAAUAAGAUCCGUCUGGAGGCCGAGGAGAAGAUCAGAGAGAAGUUUCCACAUGCAGAGCCGUUCGAGGUGAUGGAGGCCUUCCACAGCGUCUCCAAGGAGAUCUUCAGGAAGCUGGUGCUGCAGGAGUACAGGCGGUGUGACGGCAGAGAUCUGACCGCUCUCCGCAACAUCUCCUGUGAGGUGGACGUGUUCAAACCGCUGCACGGCUCCGCACUGUUCCAGAGGGGUCAAACACAGGUGCUGUGUUCAGUGACUUUUGACUCUCUGGAGUCCAGUUUGAAGACAGACGUGAUCACCUCAGCGCUCAGUGGAGUCAAAGACAAGAACUUCCUGCUGCACUAUGAGGUGGCCAAGCGAGAGAUUCUGGGCAUCAUGGGUCAGUGCAUCUCCCGACCGCGGAGUUCUAGGAAGGAGAACGGGCCUGUUGUGG